AUGAAUGAAAGUGAGCAAGGUCAACUGACGCCGCCCGAAUGUGCAGCGUCGUUGGUGAGAGUGGAUGAAGAGAGCGACGACAGUCCAUCGACAAGUCCUGUGGAUAUGACAAUCAAGAAAGAAGUCCUUGGACUUUCUUCUUUGAUUCGUGGGGUUACUGUAACUUUGGAUGGAAAUAAAUGCCCGUUCCGGGUAAAAGGAGGGGCCGAUAAAGGGUUUCUAAUUACUGUUGACAACGUUGAGCAGCCUGAUUGUGAUAUUCAUGAAGGUGACAUCUUGUUUUCCAUUAAUAAAUUGUAAGUUUUUUCUUAUAUCGGUCUGUCGGGAAAAAAACGGCGGAUCGGCGCGCCUCGGAAUCGCCCAUCAUCGCUUUGCGACUACAAGCCGCGGCUGGGGAUUUGGUGCGCAACAGCGGCGAGGCGAGACAUUUUGCUGCGACGAUCCGCCGUUAUUUUUCCGACAGACUGAUAGUCAUCGCAUUUUUGUAUAAUUCUAAUGUUUCCAGGCAUUUCCCUGGUAAAACUUUGAGAGAAGCAAAUGAAACUUUGCAAUAUUUGAUGCUGACCAAUUCGGAACUACAAAUUGAGGUUAUCGAUAAUGGUAGGUAACCGUCCGUCUGCAAAUAUCCCGGGCUUUUUAGGUCUUCUGACAGCUGAUAUCCGCGAACUUUUCAAAGAUCAAAGGUUGAUUCAGCUGCAUAUGACAAUGAGGGAUAAUAUCCUCCUAAACUCUAUUCCUUGUAAGUUCCCUAAUUAGUUUUAUCAAUAGAUUUUUCAAGUCCGAUCAUCAGCUGGUCCCCCUUCUCUAAUGUAAUAUGAUGUUGUAAUAGCAGAUCAGAGUGUAAUGUUUGACUAAAGAUAGUUUCAGACACAACUCGAGCCCGCUGCGAAGACGAGGUCGACGGCGAAGAUUACAUUUUUGUGUCCAGCGAGGAAUUCCAUCGACUCGAGAAAACGAAUUGCUUUCUGGAAUGCGGGGAGUUUGAAGGUAAUUUAAACAAAGUAGGCGCUUCCUCUCUCCUCUGGUCAUUCGAAUUUGAUUAGGAGUUGGACUUUUGUCCCGAGAGCCUCGCCUCGGCUUCGCACCCUCCAGAACCCCAAAACUCGGCUUCCAAAAAAAGGUUCCAAAACCCCCACAAAUGGAUGGAAUCGGCCGAUUAGCCAUUUAAAGCGAAAUCCCAGCUUCCUUUAUGGCCGGGGCUUUCGCGGAAGGGGGCGGUGGUCAUUUGUUUUGUUUUUUUUUUAUCCUUUUCUGUAAUGGACCCUGUGGCAGUGCAAAAAAAAACAAUUUUUUUUUGUUUUUGGGCUACCUUUCUUAAGAAUAUGACGUCUUUACCACAACACCUUGUUAAACAUGGACUAUGUAAAUUGAAUUUUACAGUAAUCAAAAUACAAAUUGAAAUUGGAUGUUGCACUUGACAUCGUUCUUUCAUUUCGUCUGACCUCAUUUCAGAAUAAGAUGACCUAAUCGAAAGUGCUUCUACCAACAGUGCGGCGAAUUACUCAUCCUUCCUUGCAUCAAACGUCAAUGCACAUCUAAAGUCAUUGACUAUUUGAUCAAGUCGCUGUAGAGUCGCACUUUUUAUACAUUUUACAUACCGCCUAACAUCACUGAAACGGCCUCGGUUUGGAGAAUUCCCAUAUUGCAAUAUAUCUGAUUGUUUGUUAUCCGCAAACACGCCCGCAAAUCCUUACCAAAAUGGGAUGCAAAUGAGGACUGGACGAAGGGGAAUGACCUUUGACAAACCAGAGAGACAUUAAAUGCCGAGACAAGGGUGUUGGGCAGGGGGGCGAGGAGGCGAAAAGCGAAGAAAAUCGACCCUCCCCACCGCCUCACCUCUUCCUCACCUGCGCGAUUCCCUUCGGAUGUUGUUCUUCUUGGAUCGAUGUCUCCGGGUUGUGGACCGUCUCCAGUUUUUGUAAUAUUUCUUCUAUCAGCCGAUGCGUUUCGUUCUCGCCAGCUCAUUUUUCCUUUUCUCUUUUAACACUAGCCCGGCUUUCUUAUCGCCGAGCCUUCUUAGGGCGAGGAGGAGUUUUGUUUUUUCCGAGCUUCAAUGUUUAUAAACCAUCUUCAUUCGAGGCGAAGAGAAUUUGGGACCUUUGGCCGUUCAUCUGCCUCUUUUCGUUAAGACCCUUUACAAUAGAGAGUUCGGAUGAACCGGAUGUUUAUCCAUAAUAGGGCCAGAUGAUGCCCAAAUGAAUGCAAAUCGCUUUGCGAAGAAGUGUAAACACCCAUCGAUGCCUCGCUAUCUUCUCCUUGCCUCCUUUGCCCUCCCAAAAUGGCCGCGGCGAUCCAUUUUGCGACUUUCUUCUUCUUUUCGUCCAGUCUGCUUAGCAUCCCAGCCCUUGAUUGACUCAUUGAGGGCCUUUGUAAUGCGUACAGAAUAUUUAAUCACGCCCUCGUUGGAACAUUUUUGUUCUUAUUCGAUUUCAGGCCAUUUAUACGCGACGCCCCGACCCAAUGCGAUCAUGAAUGGAGAUCCCAAGGGACCAUUGCCGCCUAAUUGGGACAUUGCUUACACCGAUCAGGGCGAGAAGUACUUUAUCGAGUAAGUUUAGGAGUUGGAUGACAAAUGAUGACGUCAUCGGAUCCGAUCACGUUACGCAAAGAAAGAUCAGCUUUUUAGUAGAGUAAAGACAGUUUACUUAACAUUGUUGCAGUCAUAACAACGGAACAACUCAAUGGCAUGAUCCCCGAGAUAAUCUCAUUCCAAAUGGUCAUGUGAAUGGACACAAUAAAGGACAUAUUAAUGGUCAAUCCAACGGUCAUGUGAAUGGUAUAAAUGGAACAAGUAACGAACUUCUCAAUGGGCAUGGGGACGAUCUGCCCGAGGGAUGGGAGAAAGUUGAGGACGAAGUCCAUGGGACCUUCUAUGUAGAGUAAGUCUGUUUAUUCCGCUGAUUAUGAGGCCUUUUCUUUUCUCCACUUCUUUUAAAUUUAAUGUCCAAAAGUGGCUCCUUAAUGGGAAAAGAUUCCAUCAGACGGCAAGCCCUGAGGGUAAUUCAAUUUUCCCUCUUCCAAAUCUUGACCACUCCAGAAAUGUCGUCACACUGCAGGAAAUCGUUGGGGGCAUUGUUGUGCAUGAUUAGUGCGGGAAUUGUUCUCUUUUUUGGGAAUUUUCCAAAUAUUUCGGGGUAAACUAUUUUAGGGCUGUAUAUAAAAUUAUCUAAAAAAAUAAGUUUGAUACUCUAAUUUCUAAGCUUAUUCUUUCAUGGGGCCAUUUUUGAUUAAAAGUCGCAAUUUACCUGAAGCAAUUUAACUUUAAUAGCCAAUAAAUCGAGAAAGCCGGCACCACGAGCAGAAUUUAUUUGUUUAAGGGGGGUUUUGUUUUCCGAUUUCUUGCCUCUUAACAGUAAGCAUCCCGAAGGGGUGGGCAUUUGGUAAUUAAUCUUGUCCGCAACUUGAAUCAAACUCGUUUUAUCCGUUUUAUCUCAUCUUAAGACCUGGCCGUCGCCUCAGGACACAUUGGCCGAGCUGUCUUUUUUCGGGAUACGGCGGGGUGUUUGUGCAAGAUGGGACCUUAGGAGGUCAUCUUCGGGCUUUCGAUGCGACGCUUCAAACGUCGGAAUCAUCCACAACCCAAGACAAAUGGCGUCAUCCCCGGUCAUCUGCUCAGUGGAAGUGUGCCGUCCCUGCUCCAGCAUCAGCCCAUAGACACGUCGGCGUUGAUUAGGGACUUGGUUUACUUUCCGAGGUUUGGGUUUGAAAGUGUUUGUCUAUAGAAUCCUCUGAGGUCAUGUCCAGUAUUAUUUAAUUCAAAGAUCUUUGUCUUUUCUGCUUUAGUUCCACAUUUUAUGUCAUUAAUUUCAGUCACAUAAACAAAAGGACACAAUACGAAAGACCUGUGAAGCAGAAUGGAUAUGUGGAGACGGGUAUAUCCCCCAAUCCCGCAGAGCCCCUUAUCCCCCCGCCUCUUCGCCACGGCCAUGCGGGUACCUCCAAUGACAAUGGAUGGCCUGUACUCAAUGGGAAUGGAUUACAUUUUACAUGUGACCCGGCACAGUUAAAGGGCGAAUUGAUUACAACCAGACUUGUCAAAGGUCCUCAGGGCUUAGGAUUUACCUUGGUUGGAAACGAUCGGCAUUCCAUUCAAAAUGAGUUUAUCCAGGUAAAUUUUUAUAAAAAAACAAACAAUCUAAUCAUCAAUUUUAUCAUUUUCAAUCUUAGAUUAAAAGUAUAUUGCCCGGAGGGCCUGCUGCUUUGGACAACACAUUGCAUACGGGAGAUGUGUUGGUGUACGUGGACAAUGAGCUUAUGUUAGGUGCUAGCCAAGACACGGCUUGUCGAUUAUUGAGAUCGGUGGUUGUGGGAGAAGCCGUCACAAUACAAGUUUGCAGAGGGUACCCGCUAAUAUUAGACCACACAAAUAAAGUAAGCAUUGUUGUUUUAAUCAAUGCUUGCAAACCUAAAGGAUUUAAUUUGUUUGAUUUUCAGGUUUAUGAUGAGAGUAUUUACUCCUCUACGUAUGCCCAGACCAACUUCCAAGCUCGCAAUUCUGAACGGAUCGAGAUAUUAAUCCGGAAAAGUAUGAGGGGCUUCGGAUUUACAAUAACCGACAGUCUCCAAGGCCAGCGAGUAAAGAGUGUGCUCUUCCCAGACCAAUGCCCCAAUCUGUUGGAGGGUGACCUGAUUGUGGAGGUGGAUGGAGUCAACGUUCUCAACAUGAGUCAUGUCCAAUUAGUGCAGUUCCUUCAAGAUCUUCCCGUCGGCUAUCAUACCAAACUGCUUGUUUCCAGACAAUCACCCCGCUUGAGGUUUGUAAUUUUGUAUCAAUGUAAUUAUUGUCCUCACCGUUUGAAGAAUCUUUAAUGUUUUUUAUAUGAAUUGUUCCGAUUUAGUCGAUCAAGAACACCUACAGCUGGUUUCCGAUUUGGUGAGAAGACCCGAAACACACCAUUGCCAAAUCUGGCGCCAAGAUCGAAGACACCCGCUCCAAGUCUGAAACGAAAUCACUAUCAACAUUCAACGUUACAGAGGGUACGUAACUUUCAAUUUCCAUUUAUAAUACUUUUAAAACCUUAUGUUACUGGCAUUCUUUAGUCGUACCACGAGGAUUUAAUAGACGACUUUGCGCAAUUUCGAGGUCCUCUAGCUCGCAACGGCUUCUCGUCGACUCCUGAUUAUAUGCCUAUCUCAUCGCUCUCUCCCAUGGUCGAUUCUACAUACAAGUUUGUCACUGUCAAUCUUAUUCAACAAAAUGGCGGGUUCGGAUUUCGAUUAGUUGGAGGAGUGGAGAUGGGCAUUCCAUUACAAGUGGGUAAUGUCAUCAAAGGAGGAGCUGCAUCUCAAGAUGGCCGAUUAAUGGAAGGCGAUGAGAUCUGCGAAAUCGACGGCAAGAAUGUUGUAGGAUUCCGUCAUGAUAUUGUUGUUGCGUUAAUCAAACAAGCAGCUGUCAGAGGGCAUGUCAAGAUCUUGGUUAGACGAAUGCAACGAGAUUUUUACGGCACUCUCCGCUCCAACUACCCCUCCGUCUCCAAUUAUGCGGACCCUCGACAAUUCCAGCAGUCCUCCUUGGUCUACGAUGUUGUUCUCAACAAAGCUGAACAUGAGGACUUUGGUUGUACGAUUGUUUCUAAUGUCUACAGAUUCAUCGGGAAGGUCAUUCCCAACACUCCAGCUUCGAGAUCAGGCCGUCUGAAGGCCGGAGAUUGUGUUGUUGCGAUAAAUGGACUUUCCACGGACGAAAUGACACAUCAGGAUGUUAUCAAUUAUGUAAAGUCGUGUCGGAAGAGUAUAGUCUUCACAAUUGAUCCCACAAAACAGAGAAGUGUUUUGCUGGCCGAUGGAUCCGCUUCUCCUUCUUCCGUGCUCCGGGAGAACAUUGAUUCUCCCAUCAGUACUGCUAAUGUAGUCCAAGGAAAUGGGCUACAGUAUCUAAACGGAGGCGAAAAGGUACUUCUAUUUUUAAUCUUUUGACAUGUCGUGUCAUUUAUGACGUAUAGUUUGAUAUUCUCAUCAUUUUUAGGAAUUCGAGAAGAUCCCGGUAGAGCUGAAAAAGGGCUCCAAGGGAUUCGGCUUUUCGAUUCGAGGUGGAUUUGAGUUCGAGAACAUGCCCUUGUUUAUCCUGAGGAUAGCUGAGGACGGUCCUGCUGCCCAAGAAGGAACUCUAAGGAUUGGGGACCAAUUAAUCGAAAUCAAUGGGGAAUCCACUGCCGGGAUGACACACCACAGAGCCAUAUCACUCAUACGAGAACAAAACGUUGUUCGUCUUGUGGUCAGCCGACCACAGCUUGCUGCGUGA